CUGUAGAUGAGUCCAGACGACGAUGCGGUGGUGACCCUGCUGUGUGAGUGGGCUGUUUCCUGUAAAAGGUCCGGGCCGCACAGAGCAAUGGUGGUGGCCAAACUCCUGGAGAAGAGGCAGACGGAGAUUGAGGCAGAGCGGUGUGGAGAGUCGGAGGUCGUGGAUGAGAAGGGCUCUGUGUCCUCGGGGUCUCUGUCUGCUGCCACUCUGCCUGUUUUCCAGGACGUCCUGCUGCAGUUCCUCGACACACAAGCUCCUGUGCUCACUGAGCCCAGGAACGAGAGCGAGCGAGUGGAGUUCUCCAAUCUCGUGCUCCUCUUCUGCGAGCUCAUCCGUCAUGACGUCUUUUCACACAACAUCUACAUGUGCACCCUCAUCUCCCGUGGCGACCUGGCCUCCGACUCCCAUCUGCCCCGCCCACGUUCCCCCGGCGACGAGCCCUCUGACGAAUCAGAGCGCAAAGAGCAGGAUGCAGGAAGCAGUGUUAAAAUGGAGGAUACUGGUAUGUCCGAAUCAAUGGAGAUAGAUCACAACUCGAGCGCUAACUUUGAUGAGCAGAUGUUUUCUCCUCCAAUGCACUGUGAGUCGAAGGGAAGCCCUUCCCCGGAGAAACCUGCCUCAGAACAGGAGAGCAAAAGCACUGCCAAGGAUAAGGGCAUGGACCCGGCCUUCCCGCUGGUUUACGAGCAGCCCCGUCACAUACAGUACGCCACCCACUUCCCCAUUCCUCAGGAGGAGAGCGCAAGUCACGAGUGUAACCAGCGUCUGGUGGUUCUCUAUGGGGUUGGCAAACAGCGAGAUGAAGCUCGCCACGCCAUCAAGAAGAUCACCAAAGACAUCCUGAAGGUUCUCAACCGCAAGAGUACAGCAGAGACAGGAGGUGAGGAAGGUCAGAAGAGGAAGAGGAGUAAACCAGAGGCUUUUCCCACCGCUGAGGACAUUUUCUCUAAAUUCCAGCACCUCUCACACUUUGACCAGCACCAGGUCACCUCUCAGGUGUCCAGGAAUGUUCUGGAACAGAUCACCAGCUUUGCCUUAGGGAUGUCCUACCACCUCCCACUGGUCCAACACAUCCAGUUCAUCUUUGACCUCAUGGAGUAUUCGCUCAAUAUAAGUGGCCUCAUUGACUUUGCUAUACAGCUGCUGAAUGAGUUGAGUCUGGUGGAAGCAGAACUCCUGCUGAAGUCCUCCAACCUAGCGGGCAGUUACACUACAAGUCUCUGUCUGUGCAUUGUGGCCGUUUUGCGGAGAUACCAUUCCUGCCUCAUCCUCAACCCUGACCAGACCGCACAGGUCUUCGAUGGGCUGCGGAUUGUAGUCAAGUCUGGCGUGAAUCCUGCAGACUGUUCCUCAGCCGAACGCUGUAUCCUGGCCUAUCUCUACGACCUCUAUACCUCCUGCAGUCACCUGAAGAGCAAGUUUGGGGAGAUUUUCAGUGAGUUCUGCUCAAAGGUGAAGAAUUCCAUCUACUAUAACAUCGACCCAUCAGACUCCAACAUGCUGUGGGAUCAGAUGUUCAUGAUCGACGCUAUCGCUAAUCCUACCGCACACAACCUCAACCACUCUAUGGUGGGAAAGAUCCUCAAUGACAGCCCAGCCAACCGAUACAGCUUCGUGUGUAACGUGCUUAUGGACGUGUGUGUGGACCACCGGGAUCCCGAGAGGGUGAAUGAUAUCGGGAUCCUGUGCGCGGAGCUGACGGCGUACUGUCGCUCUCUCAGCGCUGAGUGGUUGGGAGUGCUCAAGGCUCUCUGCUGCUCUUCCAACAACGGCAACUGUGGCUUCAAUGAUCUGCUCUGCAACGUUGAUGUGAGUGAUCUGUCUUUCCAUGACUCACUGGCGACAUUCGUUGCCAUCCUGAUAGCUCGGCAGUGUUUGUUACUGGAGGAUCUGGUGCGCUGUGUGGCCAUUCCCUCCCUCCUGAAUGCAGCCUGUAGUGAGCAGGAUUCUGAACCUGGAGCCAGACUGACAUGUAGGAUCCUGCUUCAUCUGUUCAGAACCCCACAGCGCAACCCCUGUCCUCAAGACGGCACCAAAUCAGACAAAUCCACAGUGGGCAUCAGAUCGUCCUGCGACCGACACCUGCUGGCUGCUUCUCAGAACAGCAUUGUGGUGGGAGCCGUGUUUGCCGUGAUGCAAUGCUACUUUGUGCUUAUUUCUCCAGGAGACGCUGAGCUGAAGGGUUCGGGCUUCUCCCACUCUGCUGGAUUGGACGACAUCGGAGAGGAUGACAUGGGGUCCAAAAAAUCCGGAGGACGUAAUGUCUCGAUUGAAACGGCCAGUCUGGUGGUUUACGCCAAGUAUGUGCUGAAGAGCAUCUGCCAACAGGAGUGGGUGGGUGAGCGGUGUCUGAAGUCUCUGUCGGAGGACAGCAGUGCUCUGCAGGAUCCAGUGCUGGUGAACAUCCAGGCUCAGCGCUUGCUGCAGCUCAUCUGUUACCCACACAGGCAGCUAGACAGCGAGGAGGGCGAGAAUCCUCAGAGACAGCGCAUCAAACGGAUCCUGCAGAACAUGGACCAGUGGACCAUGAGACAGUCCUCUCUCGAGCUGCAGCUCAUGAUCAAGCAAAGCUCGAAUAACGAGCUGUAUUCUCUUCUGGAGAACAUAGCCAAGGCCACCAUUGAGGUUUUCCAGAAGUCUGCUGAGAUGAACUCUAGUAACCCCACCUGGAAUGGCUCUGCGGUUUCUGGCAGCUCCGUCUCCAAUAGCAACAGUGCCAGCAAACUCAAACCUGUGCUCAGUUCCUCCGAGCGUUCAGGGGUCUGGUUAGUGGCCCCUCUGAUUGGUAGGCUGCCCACCUCAGUGCAGGGUCACGUGUUGAAGGCCGCCGGUGAAGAGCUGGAGAAGGGACAGCACCUGGGACCCUCCUCAAGGAAAGAAAGAGAUCGGCAGAAACAAAAAAGUAUGUCUCUCCUGAGCCAGCAGCCCUUCCUCUCUCUGGUGCUGACGUGUCUCAAAGGACAAGACGAGCAGAGAGAGGGUCUCCUGACUUCCCUCUACAGCCAAGUCCAGCAGAUUGUGACUAACUGGCGUGAGGACCAGUACCAGGACGACUGCAAGGCCAAGCAGAUGAUGCACGAGGCCUUGAAGCUGCGACUCAAUCUGGUGGGUGGGAUGUUUGAUACGGUGCAGCGAAGUACACAGCAGACGACGGAGUGGGCGGUGCUUCUGCUGGACAUCAUCAGCAGUGGCACAGUGGACAUGCAGUCUAACAAUGAGCUCUUCACUACGGUGUUAGACAUGCUGAGCGUGUUGAUUAACGGCACUCUGGCGGCUGACAUGUCCAGCAUCUCUCAGGGCAGCAUGGAGGAGAAUAAGAGGGCCUACAUGAACCUGGUCAAGAAGCUCAGGAAAGAGCUUGGUGAGCGUCAGUCCGAGAGCUUGGAGAAAGUGCGUCAGUUGCUGCCUCUGCCCAAGCAGACGCGUGACGUCAUCACCUGUGAGCCCCAGGGGUCACUCAUUGACACAAAGGGCAACAAAAUUGCUGGAUUCGAAAAAGAGGGUCUUCAGGUGUCGACUAAGCAGAAGAUUUCCCCUUGGGAUGUGUUCGAGGGCCUGAAGUACUCGGCUCCGCUGUCCUGGGGCUGGUUUGGGUCCGUGCGGGUCGACCGCAAAGUCACGAAAUAUGAGGAGCAGCAGCGGCUCCUGCUUUACCACACUCACAUAAAGCCCAAACAGCGCAGUUACUACCUGGCGCCCCUCAACCUGCCCCAAGAGGAGGAGGAGCCACCCACACCCGUGCCUCCUGAGCCGGACAAGAAGGUGGAUCCAGGGAAGCCGGAGAAGAGCGUCUCUAAUGUCGCACCUGACACCGCAAAGAAGAAAAAGAAAAAGAAACAGACAUCUGCAAAUAAACAAGAGGACUACAAGCCGCACAACCCAGUCAUGCAGUACACGCCGGGCAUGGCUCCUGAUCUGAUAAACAUGGGCCAGUCAAACCUGUCUUUCCGGAUGGGCUACCCUCCAAUGAGCAUGUAUGCCCAAAACCAGCCUCUGCCACCAGGAGGCCCCGGUUUAGAGCCCCCUUUCCGUCCCAGGGGUCCUAUGGGCAAAAUUCCUCCACGUCCCGCCUACAGCAUGGCUAAUAUGCCGGGUGCUGGCAUGGGCAACAUGAUGGGAAUGGACAAGCAGUUCCAGAUGGGCUAUAAGCCCCCACAGAGCAUGCCUCAGGGGCAGAUUCUCCGUCAUCAGCUACAGGUCAGACUGCAGCAGGUGCAGCAGCAGCAGGUUCAGCAACAAGUGCAACAGCAGCAGCAGCAGCAGGUUCAGCCUCAGCAGCAGGUGCCUCAGCAGCAGGUUCAACAGCAGCAGGUUCAACAGCAGCAGGUUCAACAGCAGCAGGUGGCAGCAGCCCAGCCUCCCGCUCAGGCCCUGGGGAUGCAGCCCAUGUUCCCUCGGCAAGGCAUGCAGCAGACCCAGCAGCAGCAGCAGACCGCAGCACUGGUCAGACAGCUCCAGCAGCAGCUCUCAAGUACUCAACCUGGACAGAACACCAACUCAUAUUUCUGAGAGCGUCUGAAUGCAUUUCACCAGUGGUAAAGAGUAGUUGUGUCCACGUUAGCGGAUUCUCUGCUACACGGAGCUUUCUGAGAGAAGAACAGAAUCUGAAGUAGAGUCGUGUAGACAUGUGUUUCUGACCGUCAUAGAGGAUUCAUUCCGAGGUGAACCAUGGAAGAGUUUAUGUAAAAAGAAGUACAGGAAAUUAUAAGAAUAUUGGAACCUUUUUAAUUUUAUUUCAAUUUGUACAAUUUUUCAGUUCCGUGUGUUUCUCAUUAAAAAAAUCAUGUCA